UCAUAUAUAUAUAUAUAAUGCGUAUGUAUGUAUAUAAUUACAACUCCUAUUUCUAUCAUUCAAAACUGUAUAUCGUUUAAAAAAUAGGUUUCUAUAGAUAAUUUUAUAAUUUCUUUUUAUGUAAUUUAUGAUACUUUGUUCGUGUUAAUUUGGAAAUUUCGGCAUGAGUGCUAUGUUAAAUUCAAGAGCUGAACAAUAUUUCUAUAGUAUAAAUCCUUUGGCACAAAGAAUAGGAGAAGAUAUAACUGCAACGAAGGAAGCUUAUGAAGGUUUAUGGAAUACAUUAAGUAUAGCAGAACGGAAUCAAGCAAUUAAUGAAACCAUCAUUCAACCAGAAGUUGCAUUAAAAUAUACUUUAAAAAAGCCAGAACUUACUAAAGAAUUACCAGAAUGGUAUCCAAAAUUACGUAUUCAAACAGGAAUGAAAUAUGUUAUUGACGAAACUGGUUCUACAUUACGAUGGCGUGAUGAACAUUCAGCUCCAUUUUCAUUUAUGACUCAAUCACAAAUGAAUCUUAAUAUAAUAGAUACAUCGGAGGAUGUAAAAUCAAAGUUAAUAAGAGCUCAAUUUGGAGAGUCACCACAUUUUUCAAGUCCAGCAAAAUCACAAAAAAAUAAUUCAAACUCUAUUAAUGAUACUUAUACUUCAUCUCAUACAGUUAAUUGUUUUCAAUCAGAUUGUUUUUCAAACAAUAUUUUUGAAGAUGAACAAUGUUGUAGCUUAUUAAAAGGCAAUGUUGAUAGUGAUCAUUCUGAAAGUAUAUUUGCUAAAUUAAUGAACAAAACAUCUUUGUUAAAGUUACAAAACAAUUUGGCAGAAGAUAUGGAAAGUUUAGUCAGAGAAAGGGAUUCAGAUACUGAUAAAAGUCAAACAAAUACAUUAGUAGUAAUGUCACGUACAAAAUCAAGCGAUAUUAAUGAAUCAACAGCAUUGUUAGAAACACCGAGUUCUUAUAGUAGUUUUCAAUCUUCCCAAUUGAAUCAGGAGGAAGAGGAGCGAACUAUACCAAAAACUGGUUUUGAAUUUCUUGAUAAUUGGUAAAUAUAUGGGUAGUUUAAAGUAGAUAUAAGUUAGACGUUUUGUAUAAUUAUAUUUAUUAUGAUAAAAUUGACGCUAUUAAUUAUUAAUAUCGACAUAUAUAUAGAUGCACAUGAAUAAAACUAUUGUUGCGAGCAUGUAAUGACAGUUUCUGAACUUUUGUAAUUUCAAUAGCAGGAUAGCACAAUCAUAUUAUUAAAACAUAUAAAUUCUUAAAUUCAAAUAGAAUGACAUUGUGCACCUGAUCUUAGAUUGUAUUAAAUCAUAUUUUAUAAAAUUUUAGUUCCUAAAAUGGUAAAUAUUAUAUUAGUAUUGAUCAAUAAUACUUUAGAUAAUAUUUAUUUUUGAACAUAUAUCUUAAGAUAUAUUUCUCUAAUAACAAUUAUGAUCUCAAAUUGCAAUGUAUUUGUGAAAUAAUUUUAUUAUAAGAGUAUUAUAAUUGAAAUUAAAUUAGGGAUAAUGUCACAUGCAUAUUUAAGAUCAUAAAUUUUGCAUGUAUUAUAUAUAAAUUUUUGUAUUAUUAUAAUAUAAAGACUUUUUUUUUAUAUGUAAAUAUUAUAUAUAAAAGUAUUAACAUAAAUACAUUGAUAACAUACGAAAAAAUAAGGAUAAUUAAGAAGAUUAAGAAUAAUAUUUUAUAAAAAUUUAAUAUUUUAAAAUAAUCAUCUUUAUUUGCAUUUUCAUAUAAAAAAAUUUUUAUAAUUCAAUACAGUGAUGCAUUUUUUUUUAAUCGUCAGUUUCCAUUAUUUGAUUAUAAGACAUAUUAUAAAAAAUAUAUAAUAUAAGAUUGAAAAACUAUUUUAUAUUAUUUGUUUCUUAUAUUUAUAUAUGAUAAAAUUUAUUAUUAAUUUGUUUCUUAACUAAAUUAAAAUAUAUUUAUAUAUUUUAUAUAAAUUAUUUAGAUUUAUCAAAAAAUAAUCUUUAUAAAAUCUUUAUAAUGAUAAUUAUUGUUAAUUGCUCUCUUAUCUUCCUUUUUUCUUCGAAAAAUGAAUGAAUCAAUUAAUUAAUAAUAUUAAUAAAAUGAAAUACAUUAUAUAUUUACUGCCUGAAACGGGUCAUGCUUGACUCUUUAAUAAUUAAAAAAAUAUCAAGUCAUUUUUAUUAAAAUAUAUAUGCAUAUAUAUUAUACAGAAUUUUCGAAGCAUUUAUUAUAAUAUUUAAAUACAUUAAUCUAUUUAAUA